AAUAAAUAAAAAUAGUGUGUAUGUAUGUAUGUGAGUGUGUGUGUGUGUGUGUGUGUUUAAAUGAUGUGGCCAUUUGUUGGUCAAACCUGACCUACACAGUCAGGAACCGGUGGCAAAUGUGCACCAGUAGUCCAGCGGAAAAACAAUACUCAAUCAACUGUACGGUUCGGCCGAAUUCGGUAGUAUUGUAGCCCUAAUGGGACCUUCAGGUGCCGGCAAAACAACACUAUUGAAAUGUCUAAACGGAAGGCUAUCAAUGGGUGGACUAUCGGCCGACUCGAGGAUAUAUCUGAGCCGUCGGCAGCCAAUUGAAUCGUGUUUUGUUGGCCAACACGCCCGGGAACACCUGAUUAUGUGUUUGACUGUCCGUCAGAAUAUGUUAUAUGCGUCCAAAUUGAAGAACACUGGAGGAGAUGGAGGACAACCUAUAGAUCAUGAAGAAAAUGUGCGACAAGUGCUCCGUGAGCUGACCAUAGAUGGUAUCGCCAAUACAAUAGUUGCCAAGUGUUCAGGUGGCCAACAAAAACGGUUAACUAUUGCCGUCGAAAUGACCAAAUUGGUUAAGCCUAAUGUCUUAUGUAUUGAUGAACCUACCACUGGUCUCGACAGUGUGACUGCCUGUGCCGUAAUGGAGUGUUUGAAAAGUAUAGGUAGACUGCAUAGGAUAGCCAUCAUUACUAGUAUACAUCAGCCCAAUAACGAGAUUGUCUACUCGUUUGAUAAACUCUAUGUUCUGGCCAAAGGUGGGAACUGUAUUUUCGAUGGACCACCUGAACGGGUGGACAGUUAUCUGGAUGAGUGCAACAUUAUAUGCGAUUUGGUACAGGUGCCGGUAGAGCAAUUGUUAAAAUUAGCAUCAAUUGAACUGUCACAGGAGGAAUAUAUUGGCGAACUGUUAGAUAAAACUAGGGAAACAUCUAGACUAUCGGUGUUGAGUACUGUCCAGCAAAAUCAGUCCGAUUUACUGGAAAGUCCUAACGGUAUUGAAUUGCGACCGAAAAGGUUCCGAUUGUGGGAUGUCUGGCAUGUUAUGCAUCGAACAGCUUAUAUGAUAUUUCUGGCACAAUGGCAACAAUUGGCCGUACAGUUUGCCAUCUAUAACCUAUUCUCACUGAUAAUGGUGUCGAUGUUUAACGAAAAUGUUGGCAAACCUGACUCCUGUUACGAUCCCAUUAGUAUAGCCCUAUCUAAUGGUACGACAUGUGUGGAGGCAUUGGAAAACGAUUCGCUUAUUUUCCAGAAUCCGAAUCUAUUGUUUUUUUCCGGUAUUAUAGCCCAGUUUAUACACAUGUCCUCUACAUGUCAGGUCUAUUUGGUUGACAUUAAAAUAUUUAUUAGCGAACAUCAUAACAGCUGGUAUAGUACGGGUGCCUAUUUUUGGGGUAAAUCAUUAACCGAAACCUUUAUGACUGUACUAAUGGCCACCGAAUACGCCACACUUGUCUAUCUAUUAAGCGGCCAAUCACUUGAUCCGCCCGACCGUCUCCUAUGGUUUGUCGGCAUAAUGAUCGGCGGCUUUCUUUGUUCGGAAGGACUGGCCCAUUGUAUUGGUAUAGCACUGGUCAACUACGGCCAGUUGGCUACAAUCGGCUCCAUCUUAUUCUAUACAACUCUUACUUUGUUUAGCAAUUUCUAUAUAAUUGUUGGCCGUUUGCCGCCAAUGUUUCGCCAACUGAGCGAUUUUGUCUAUUUGAAAUAUCAACUAAACGGCCACUUGUUGGCCGUCUACGGUCUGGACAGAUGUCCGAAACCGUUAAGAUCGAUAGUAUUGCGCAGGUUUGCCGUUAGUGAUAUCGGCGGCGGCGACGACCAACUGGUCCAAUAUGUCUAUGGGUUGGCUGUGACGGCCGUAGUAUUCAAGUUAACAGCUUUCGUAUUGCUAUUGGCGAAGACAAAUCUGACCAAUCGGAUUGGUUGUCUGAAUAGUAGGACAUCCGGCGGCGGUGACAUCGAUAGCAGCAAAUCGGUAGAUAAUAAUAGCAAACUAAACAUAUCGGUAAGCGAUAAGGAAGAUGAGGACAAUGACACCAAUAGUUUAUCAGAAAAGUCUGUAGUGAUGGACAUGGAUGUCGACUAUAGUCGCAGACUGUCGACACCGAAACGCCGUAUGUCGUUGAUAGCAAUGGCCAGCAAUUUUAGCGAUCAAAAAUCAAAAUUAUCAAAAAUAACCGAAAAAGUAGUUAACAUGGAUAACAAUGACAGCGAUAGUGUAUCGGAUGUGUCGGUUGUGAUGGAUAUGGAUGUCGCGGACUAUAGUAGUAGUAGCCGAAAGACGGCGAAAAAAAAACGUCGGAUGUCUUCAAUCAUAUCGCUGGCAAAGUCGGAGAUAGCAAUAAUGGCCAGCGAUAUCAGUGAAGAUCCGAACAGCAGCGAUGUCCAGUCAGCAGUUACCGAAUGUCAAGGACAGAAUCAGCCGACAACAGAAACAGUGAUGGCUAUUGCGUGGACAGACCUGACACUGACGGUCAGCGAAUCGUUGUUCAGGUUGUCGUCGUCGACGGAUAAGACAAUUCUUCGCCAACUAAACGGUUAUUUUGAGUUUCCAUCGCUCAAUGCACUGAUGGGACCGUCGGGUGCGGGAAAGACAUCGUUGUUGAAGUGCAUUAACGGACUAUACAGUGAAAACCUGACCCCUGAGUCGUCGAUCUACGUAAGCAACAGUCGGCGUCUGAGACCGUGUUAUAUUGUUCAGGACGAACGCGAACGUAUGGUACGGGGAUUGACGGCCCGUCAGGCCAUGACCUAUGCAUCCCGGUUGAAAAACCCGGACAUCCGGGACGGAUCGCAACACGAAAUGAUAGUCUUGUCGCUGAUGCUCGAGCUGUCCAUCUAUAACACAUUGGACACACCGAUCGAUCGCUUGAGUGGCGGUGAACUCAAACGAUUGGUUAUUGGUAUGGAAUUGGUAUCGUCGGUCAAACCUAAUCUCUUGUGUAUUGACGAACCAACCAGCGGUCUGGACAGUUCGGCCGCCGAAACUGUCAUACAGUGUAUACAACUACUCAGCCGUCGGCAUCAGAUCUGUGCCAUUGCUUCCAUACAUCAGCCGAGUAACGAAAUACUGAUGUUGUUCGACAAGUUGUAUGUAAUGGCCGCCGGCGGUCAAGUAGUCUACGCCGACCGACCCGGAGAUCAAUUGAAGCAAACUUUAGCCGAAGUAGAAGCCGAUUGUCAGCCACAACAGCUACCAAUUGAGACACUACUCGGCCAUUGUUGUCUCGGCCGACCGGGUGAUGAUCAGGUAGUCAAACGAUUGACCAGUCGUACGCGAGCUUCGGAACGCAAACAAAUUGAUGCCCGCAGUACUGGGGAAUUGAUGUUGACCGGCGACGGUAUACGAUUGCAAAGUAAACGUUUCCUAUUAGCUGACCUACGGGUUCUCAUUGCCCGUAACCUAAACUAUUUGUUUGCCUAUCACUGGAUGUUUCUUGCGAUGGAACUGACAGUCUAUCUAAUAGUUGCCCUAAUUUUGCGUUUAGUAUUCAGUCCAGACAUAGCACUGGCCAACGGUUGUGCCAAUUGGGAAACGGAUGAUCUGAACAAUACUUGUGCCAAAACUGAACGUCAGCUCCGGGAUGAGGAUCGGGUUAUGGAUAAUACAAAAUACUUGUUAUUUGUCACAAUAUUGACAAUGGUUUACAAUAUAAUUUUGACGACAUUUAACUAUUCGGCAGAUUUUAUUAUAUUUUUCAAUGAACACCGAAAUGGCUGGUACAGUGCCGGCACCUACUACUGGGCCCAUACAGUAGUCGAAAUCAUACCGUCCAUCAUAAUUAUAAUUGUAUUUUCAAUGGCCGUAAACAUAUACUCAUCAGUCAAUAGCAAUAUGGUCGUAGCACUGGUCGUCUAUCUAUUACUCGGCGGUCUGACCAUCCAAUCAGUUGGCCAUAUAGUUGGCCUAACAUUUAUGGGCCACCAUCGGGUGGCUGUAUUUACCAGUGUCGCCGUAUUCAUACUAUACAUAUUGUUUUGUAAUUUUUUCAUACCGUUAACUGAACUACACUAUUCAAUCAGGACUAUCAGUAAUUUGAAUCCAUUGAAACUAACCUUCGAGUCCCUGAUUAUACAUUUCUAUGGUUUCGAUCGUUGCCUAACCGGCCAACAGUUUUCCUAUAUUUUGUAUAUGUUUGAUUUGGAUGAUCCGGAUUACUAUUUCAAUACCAAUAUGCUGGUAGUAUUGUUUCUGGUACUACGAUCGGCUACCAUGGUCAUACUAUUGUUGACCGUACAUCCGAUGCUCAAUACCCGUCGGGGCCAGGAGUUACGCCGUAUGGCUGUCCAAAUGAUAACUGGGUUCAAACGAUCAGUAGGUUAUGGUAGUGGUGAUGACGGCAAUGAUGGUGACUACAAGCGCCGGCUAUCAAUGUUACCCAUACCGGGUCUGACCAGUCCAAUGAAGUUUGUUGUCAAACAUAUUAAACGAUAAGAUAUAUUGAAUAUAUUAUAUAAAUUG